UGUUGUUGGAAGCCGAGAAACACGUGCAGUGGAGCAGCCGCACGUGGCGUUGACGAGCUCGCAGUCGCCACGCACUUCAGUCUGUUGCCGCAUCUGCAGGAGACGACGUCACCAUGGCUGUGGAGAUGGAGCCUUCGGAUGUCAUUCGCCUGAUAAUGCAAUACCUAAAGGAGAACAACCUCUACAGAACCUUGAGCACGUUACAGGAAGAAACGACGGUGUCGCUCAACACUGUGGAAAGCAUCGACAGCUUCAUCGCAGACAUCCAACGUGGCCACUGGGACUCGGUCUUGCUCGCAAUCGAAUCGCUCAAAUUGCCCGACAACACGCUAAUUGACCUUUAUGAACAGGUGGUGAUGGAGCUGAUCGAAAUGAGGGAGGUGGGCGCCGCCCGUUCACUCCUCAGACAAACCGACCCGAUGAUCAUGCUGAAGCAGACCCAGCCCGAGAGGUACAGCCACCUGGAACACCUGCUCACACUCUCCUACUUUGACCCGCGUGAGGCGUACCCAAAAGGCAGCAGCAAGGAGAAGCGGCGCAGAGCCGUCGCAGACGAGCUGGUGAGGGAGGUCAGCGUGGUGCCGCCAUCACGCCUCAUGGGCCUUCUGGAACAAGUCGGUUCAUUGAGACUGAACUCACCGGAGAGUCUCUCACCUGAAAUCACUAUUGAGACCCCAAGCAACAAGGACAGACAUGCAGAGAAAGAGACUUGUCCAACCCAACUGUACCGUCACAUUAAGUUUGGACGGCGGUCACAUGUGGAAUGUGCUCGUUUCUCACCCGACGGCAAGUACUUAAUGUCUGGCUCGGUGGACGGCUUCAUUGAAGUGUGGAACUUCCACACAGGCAACAUAAGCAAGGAUUUAAAGUACCAGGCCCAAGACAGCUUCAUGAUGAUGGAUGAUGCAGUAUCGUGUAUGUGCUUCAGCCAGGAUUCAGAUUUACUAGCCACUGGAGCUCAGAAUGGAAAAAUAAAGGUGUGGAAGAUCCAGAAUGGCCUGUGCCUGCGCACGUUUGAGCACGCGCACAACAAAGGUGUGACCUGUUUGAGUUUCUCCAAGGACAGCAACCAAAUCCUCAGUGCAUUAUUUGUUGUCAUCCUCAGGAUCCAUGAGCUGCGUUCGGGCCAGACACUGAAGGAGUUAAAUGGACAUCUAUCAUAUGUGAAGGAUGCAUCUUUCACUCAAGAUGGAUUUCACAUCAUCAGUGCAUCUUCGGAUGGAACCGUCAAGAUUUGGAACAGCAAAACGUGUGAAUGCAUCCACACGUUCAAAUCUCUCUCGCGGGCUUCGGAUGUCCCCGUGAACAACGUGAUGGCUCUUCCCCAAAAUCCGCAGCUCUUUGUGGUUUGUAACCACUCCAGCACGGUCGUCGUCAUGAACACGCAGGGUCAGACUGUCAAGACAUUCAGCGCAGAUCAAAAGUUGGGAGCAAAGUUUGUGUGCAGCACAGUGUCCCCCCGAGGCGAGUGGGUUUACUGUGUAGGAGAGGACUUGGUGCUCUACUGCUUCAACUACGUGACAGCAAGGCUGGAGAAAACUCUGACGGUCCACGAGAAAGACGUCAUUGGCAUCGCUCACCACCCACAUGAGAAUCUGAUCGCUACUUACAGCGAGGACGGCCUCCUGAGGCUGUGGAAGCCUUAAGGCUGACUACUGAGGAUCUCGGUGGACGUGGAGAACCUUACACAUGACAUUUGCAUUCCAUUGCGCAAGAAGAAUAGUACAUAUCUGAAUUGACAACUAUGUACUGUAUAUCACAAUGAAUUCUUGUUGAGUAUACUGAAGAGGCUUUUAUGCAUUCUUUAGCGAGAGCGUACACCGAGCCAUCGUGACACACAGAUACACGAAACUGGAAUUCCUCAGAAAUGCCAAGUGAAUGCUAAGAAGUGGCAGCGUAGUGGUUCACAUAGCUGACUUUCAAGCAGCUGCCGUGGGCUCACCCUGUGACUGACUGGCCUUUUGCCUGAACAGGAAGAGCGAUGAAUAAAAAAAGGAUGGGUGGAUGUCACCAAACUGAAAAGGAUGAUAAAGAUGGUCCGUACACACUGUAUGCAGCAGAUCAUAAUGCAGCAAUUUCGUGAUACCGUGGAAAUAUGGCCCCUCGGAGCUUUGUUCACGUUAGAGCAAUCCAAUGAUGAUCUUCAAUACUGUAUAUUCUCGGUAUUCAAACAAUAAUAUCCGUUCCAAAAACAGAUUUUCAUGAGCUUUUAAGAUUUACAACGCCACAGAUAAGCAAUAUUAAAUCUGAUUUUUUUUUUUUAGCACAGAGAUCAAAUGACAGCCUCUUUUUUUAAAUGGGUGAUUUUAUCAAUGUAUUUCCACUUAAUUGUCGUAUUGCGUGUGAUCUGUCAAUCUAAGUCCUUAAUACUGUACUUCCUCAUGGUUCCAACUUUACCAGCACAGUUUAAAAUCUCCCAUUUUCAUCUCUCAUGUAUGAAAAUGCAUGAUGGUGAACUGUUGGGACAAUCCAGUAGUCUUUAACAAAACAAUGCCGGUUCUUUGUUUGACCGUAAACAAACAGCAUCAGGAACAUAAUACGAUAUUAUAUAUACAGUAACUUUUGCUUUGUGACGCACUGUUGUAAAUGGUUUUGUAUCAGCGUUUUCAAUCUCGUCGGUUUCUGCAUGCUACCUUAGUAUCCCUCAAAUUUUAGCGUUUGCAUGACAGCAACACGAAAGUCUCAGUGAAGCUCCAGUGACACACGUUGUGUUGUUUGUACUGUACAUACAAUUAACGCCACGUCACGUUACUCUUCUGUGGUACAAACAACUUUCUCAGCAAUGUACAGGUGCAAGUCUGAUGACAUACUGCGUGUCCUACGGUACUGUCCGUCAUUUGUCACUGGUAUGUAAAUAGAAUGAAUGUAUGUACCACUGUUUGCCACUGUCAGAAAUGACGAUCAGUCAAAUUCCCCAAACUCUCAUAGUUGUCCGUGUUUGUGCAUGACUAUUGCACAUAGUGUUUUUGCAGGAGCAAAUGAGAAGAAACAGGCCUCAUUCCUUUUUAUACAUUACAUUUAUACGUGCAUUUUUAUUCACAACAGCUGGCAAGAACAAUUUUUUUUCCUUCUGUGCCAUCCUAGCACAUCCAGGAGUGCCUCAUGUUUCAUGGUACAAUGUUUCGUGGUUACAUUGUACUGUAGCAUAUUUGCAAAGACAUUAAACUCGAGUCAUUAGCUA